AUGGCAGACUCCGUCGACAGAGUAUUCGUCCAUGCUCUCAAUACCGUCAAAAAAAUACCAAAGACAGGAGCCUCCCGACCCCCGCCGGCAGACCGGUUACGACUUUAUGGCUUAUACAAACAGUCAAUGGAGGGAGAUGUCGAUGGGGUUAUGGAGCGGCCGAUGAGUAUUGGUAGCAAUGAGGAUGGACCGAAGGGAGAGGAAUUGAAUCGGGAGAGGGAUAAAUAUGAUGCCUGGCACGCACAGAAAGGAAUCUCAAGAACGAAUGCGAAAAGGAAGUACAUCGAGGCUCUAAUCGAGACUAUGCAUCGUUAUGCUAGUACUACUGCUGAUGCAAGGGAGCUUGUAGCCGAACUCGAAUUUGUAUGGGACCAAAUCAAGAAUAACAGCCCUCCAUCCUCUGCUUCUUCGCCGGGCCGAGGUGAGUUAUCCUACAACGGACAACAACGACAAUUCCGAGAACCCCGAUCAGGAACCGACGGACCGAUGCGAGUACUUAGCCCGAUGAGUGAGAACGAUGAGAUGGAGCGGCGAUCUGUCAAACAGCUGGAGUACAACGAAAAUCACGACGACGACGGGGAGAAUGAGCCUGACGUGCCCGGAAGUAAGGGGAGCAAGAAUAAAAGCUGGCGGAGGACCGUCGAGCAGGCCUUGGUAAAAAUGACUACCGAAAUCACAGCAUUGCGAGAACAAAUAGCUACGGGGAGAGAGUACCAAGGACGAAGACGAAGAACAGCGGGUAGAUGGAUUGCUUGGCUGAUAUGGCUAGCUAUAAGGCAUUUUCUCGUCAACGUCGUUGUGCUAGGUAUUGUAUUAUUAUGGUUACGGAAACGCAAGGACAGAAGAUUCGAGGAUUUGGUCAGGUCGGCCUUGAAACUCGGACGGGAGUACGCCAGAAAGUUGUUGCCGGAAAGAUGA